AUGAAAAAAAAAUUAAAUUUAUACUUCGUUAUAGGUAACAAUAACAACAACAACAACUUUAUUCUUUGUACAAAAAUACAAAACUUGAAUAGUUUGCCCCGCAAUUUGCGGAGAACUCUUUUAAAAGCUUCUUUGGAAGAUCCGUUAUCUAGGUUGGUAUCUUAUUCCACAGCUUUACUCCGAGCCGAGAGAAAGAAUUGUUUUGUAUUUCUAGUCUAGAACUUUUAACAUAGAACUUUCCAGACUUAGACGAUCGUGUAUUGUAUGAGUGAAUAUUACACGUUUUCUGAAAUAAAUUUAACAUGUUUGCUGGGGCUUUAUCAUUAUUGAUAUCGUGCAUUAAGGUUGAUACGGACUCAUAAUAAAGAAAAGUUAUUGGAAGCACGUUAGCUUCGAGAAAUAAAGGAAUUACAUGGUCAUGCCAGUCUGCGAAGUACAGCAAACGAAGAGCUCUUUUCUGAAGAAUUAGAAUUUUAUUAAGAUAAGUCUUGCAUGCCCGACCCCAGGCAGCAAGCUAAGGCCAUAGGUUAAAUAUAGUCAGUGGCCGAUCCAGACUAGUAUUGGUCGAGGUACAGGGUGGCGUAGCUUUUCAAUUAGCCCAACAUUUUUAUUAAUUUUUGUAACUACAGAAUCAAUGUAGUAUUUCCGAGAGAGAUUCCGAUCAAUAAGAACGCCCAGGUAUUUUGGUUCAACUUUAGACUCGAGACGAGCAUAUUUAUUCUUUUCAUUAUCAAACAUGCAAAGUUUUGAUAGGUAAGCAAGUCGCGUUUGGUAAGGAUGGAAAAUUACAAAUUUGGAUAUAUUAAUGUUAAGAGUUUGUUUUUUGCCUGUCAACCAGUUAUAAAGGUUUUGUAGCACAUUGUUGACUAUUGUCUUAAGAUCUUUCAGAGUUUUGUCCGCAUAGAAAAUGUUAGUGUCGUCUGCAAAGAACAAAAACCUAAAUUUAUUCGAGCACCUGUGGAUAUCAUUGACAUAGUGCAAGAAAAGCAAUGGUUCAAGAAUUGAUCCUUGAGGAACACCACAUCCAACGACGGCUUUAUCUGAUAUAUGAUAGCCUACCUGCGUUGUUUGGGUGCGAUUUUUGAGAUAUGAGGAGAACCAAUCAUUAAUUAUUCCACGAAAGCCAUAGUGAUUGAGCUUAUCAAGCAAAAUGUGGCGAUUGACGGUGUCGAAGGCUUUUUUAAGAUCAAGGAAUACUCGACAAGAUGUCAAUCGCUGAUUCAUGUCUGUCUGUAUAUCAUUAACAAUGUCCAGUAUUGCGUGUUGGGUUGACUGCCCCUUACGAGAGCCGUAUUCUUAGGAAUACAGAAGAUCGUGUUUCUUUAUAUAGCUCGUCAAUCUGUAAAUAAUUUUCUCAAAUACUAUUAAAAUUUGAAAGUAAAGAGAUAGGUCUGUAGUUCUUUGCUUCCGUAUCAUCGUCACUCUUAAAUACUGGCGUAAUUUUUGUAAUUUUGAGUUUUGAUGGAUAAGUCCUUAAUUUGAUGGAUGUAUUAAGUAUCUCUGUAAGGACAGGAGUUAUGACGGCACUUGAACAUUUGAGUAGUUUGGUAGAGAGGAGCAUAAACCAUAAGAUUUAUCAUUAUACGUUACAAGUAAUAUUUCUGACGGUAAUUCUUCUGGUAAAACAGGUUGAAAAAGGAAGGAUGAAAUUGUUUAAGAGAGAUCAAAAUAUCCUGGUUUAUUUGAGAUGAUUCACACUUGCGUAGAUCUAUAUUAAAGUCACACACGGUAUGAACGUCCUUGUCAUAUGAGACCAUUUUUCUAUUGUCUUAUCUAGAUACGUUAGGAAAUAAUCCGGCGAAUUGUGCUGAGGAUAAAUUUUUCCACAAACGAUGCUUUUGUGGUUGAAAAAAGAGAUUUCAACCCAGAGGGCUUGGAAUGCUUCAUUUGAAGUUUUUUCAAGAACGUUGUAGUUUAGAGAUUGAUCAACAAAGAGGCCAGUGUCUCCAGAGGCCAGUGGUGUUGGCACAUGCUCAAAAACAUAACCUGCAAUGCUCGGAUAGGCGUUACUCUCAUUAGAAUUUGUAAUUUUUGUUUCCGAAAUACCAAUUAUAUCAAAGUAGAAAUCAAGUUCAUCUUAUAACAAUUCUACAUUUUCUAGUUUGCGGUUGAUGCUCACAAUAUUGUUAUGAAAGAUGGGAAAACUAGACUUAACCGUGUUUUCAGGGAGUUUUUCCUUAAACAUUUUGAGGCUAUGCGGGGAAAAGUAUCGGCUUUGGAUGCAGCCAGUGUCCACUGCCUUGGAUACCCAGCAAUCAGUUUCGAACAGUGAAACAAACACUUGCAAAGGCGUCUCUGCACACGUAGCUGGGCCAACUACUCAAGGAACGUAUCUUUUAUCUUAGGCGUUAAUCAAAGGCUUCAUCCUCAUGUUUACAUUAACAAACACAGACAUUUUUGGACUUGUUAGCUGGUCGGCUUUACUUUCUAAUUGAAACUCGACAACUGAAUCAAAUUCCUUUCAUUUGCAUUUCUAGAUCUAUAUAUGAAGUAAGUGAUUGUAUCUUUCAUGUUCUGUACAUUAAUUUUAAUACGUUUCAAAGUAAGAUAGCCAGUUCCCUCGAUUUUAAAUUUUUAUUACGUGGUAAACAUUAUAAGUAGAAACAGAAAAAGUCCUGGAGAUAUUCAGUCAGAAAAAAAUUGCUCGAUACAAAUAAAGGCAUGAAAAUUGAGAAAUCGUCGGAAAGGCCAAAGAGAAGCCUCACGUUGAUUCCCCUAAAUCGAAAAUUCCCUUCUUUUAAGGUUCCUGACAGGUUAGUACUACAAUUGUAGGUAUACUAGGUGCAAGAAAUUUUCUAUCUUUGCCCUCCCCAGUCUAGAACCACGAACCCUUUGCAUUCAUCCCUUUAUUAAAUAAUAUCUCAGAUAGAGGCGUUUAUUCUUAUAAAUUUGACUAGCAAAAAAAACCUUUUAGCGAAAAUGUCAAAUCAAAUUGCAGAAUAUCCAGUUCACCCAUUGAUACUUAUAGAGAAGAGGCCCAUAUCGCCCUCAGUCAAAUCGCAGUGUCAGAAUACUCGUUCAGGGUCAUUGUGUUGUAAUAGUUAGCCUAUUCUCAUUUUAAACAUGACAUUGAGCAAGAUUUAAUGCGCAAACCCUUGAUAAUCAAGCAAGAAGCUGAAAAAUUGUAGCGCCUUAAGUAAAAACUUAAAACUAUAACAAGGAGACGUUUAUAAGUCAGGAGACGUAUAUAAUUGAGUGUGGGCGUCAAUUAGAUCAUUUUCAGCACUCAACCAUGAUCUCUCUGUAAAUCUUAGCAAAGAAGACAAACGCGUGACUGCGGGGUUUUGCCUCCGCUACAAUAGGCAGCUGAUUUAGCAACAGAACGGGAACGUUAUUUUGUGACCUCGCGCUGCGAAACUACCGAUAAGAAACUGGGGCGAGAAUGCCGUCGUGUUAUUGAUGAUUUAGCAAGCAUUCAUGACGCCGUCACGUUCGUUCUGGAAUAUUCACAAAUCCGUAGAGAUCGUACAUGUAUAAAUAUUCGGGUUCACAGGAUAGCUAUAAGGACUGCGAACUUAUUUUCUCUGCAUGCACUAAGACAAGGAAAAGCAAGGAUGAUUACGCGACAGGAUUGAAUCAAGUAAGAUAAAAUAUGUCGAGUGCUUAUGAAUGACCUUGAGUGUCAUUCACUUAAGCUUCCUAAGUGUUAUGGCUCAAAGUAGAAUUAAUUCUACUUUGGUUUAUGCCUGUAGAAUGACCUUACCAAAUCAUAAGCCAUUAAAUCAGUUUUGGUCAAUUUUGUGUGGCGGUCGUCAUGUUUUCGUGUAUCUUUGUGUCGUGACACAGGGUUCGUCAUGUCAAACUUUUAAGCUUACAUCUUCAGUAGUACAAUAAGAACACACACGCCAUGCAAGCCAAACGAAGCACGGAUUUGCGAUCAAACAGGGCGGCCUCAAGCCUUCUCUUUGACAAAACAUGUAUUUCUUUCAAUAAAAGAGCUCCGCCCGACUGUGGUUAACCGGACUGCGUAAGUUACGUUAAGUAAAUCACCAUUAUACGUGAAGGGAAUCUUUCCCUUUAGAGGCCGGUUGCCACAUAUCGAAAUGCGACUGCUAAAAGUACAUGUUCCAAAGUUUCUAUCACCGUUAUUUUUCGCAUCUCUAUGCCUUCAACUCUUGACUGUUCCCUCACAACCAAAAAUGUUUACUAUAAUCGGUAGCUUCUCCGACUUCUGUUUUUGGCUUAUUCCUCUUCAAUGACUUUCAAAACAAAAGUAAAGCGAUGAGCGGAAGUAAAAACAGCGUGGUGAGAAUUUCUACCGAUUUCUGGCUAAUUACCGCACUUGUGACCAUCACGUACACGGUACACUGUUGUUUAAUUUAUAGAGUUCAACAGGUCAGAUCCUAACGCUACAAACUCUGAUGGUAAAUAAACUCACAGACCGCAUUAUGACACCAUUUUAUAGUGCGACUUCUCGAUCUGGAGCACUUGGAAGAAGAUUAUCCAAUCACAAUCACAACGUUUUUUGAAAACAAAAGACACUCAAGUUUUUUUGUAAACUGACCAGUAAAAUACAAAUACUAUGCAACCGUUGAAAACUUUAAAACCGUUUGAACUUUCCUGACCUCUCAGAAAACAGCCCUCAAAUUUAUGAACGUUAUUGGUCCGUUUGCAAAAAGAAUAGUUUGGCGUUUAUUUCCACGUGAUUUUAUAAAUUGUACAUGACUUGUUCUACAGGAAACGUGCACGAAGGCGACAAACACGGCUGCUGAGAACAUCAGCAAUUUUGGUAAUGCCUAUCAUAGUCUGGAAGAUUUCAAAACAGCCAUAGAUUACCAUGAGCGUCACCUGAAAAUUGCCAAAGAACUGGGUGAUAGAACGAAAGAAGGCAGAGCGUAUGACGAUCUUGGCAUUGCCCAUCACAUUAGGGGAGAUUUUAAAGCAGCCAAAGACUACCAUGAACGUCACCUAAAAAUUGCCAACGAAUUGGGGGACAGACUGGGAGAAGGAAGAGCGUUUGGAAAUCUUGGCAACGCCCAUCACAGACUCGGAGAUUUCAAAACAGCCUUACACUUCCAUGAACGUCAUCUGAAAAUUGCGAAAGAAUUGGAUGACAGAUCGGGAGAAGGAAAAGCGUAUGGCAAUCUCGGCAACGUCUAUCAAAGUCUGGGAGAUUUAAAAACAGCAAUUAAGUACCACGAACUUCACCUAAAAAUUGCCGAAGAAUUGGGUGACCGAUCGGGAGAAGGAAGAGCGUAUGGAAAUCUUGGCAACGCCUAUCACAGUCUGGGAGAUUUUAAAAGAGCAGUAGACUACCAUAAACGUGACCUGAAAAUUGCAAAAGAAUUAGGUGACAGAUCCGGAGAAGGACAGGCGUAUUGCAGUCUUGGCAACGCUUAUCGACAUCUGGGAGAUUUUAAAACGGCAUUAAGUUACCAUGAGAAUGACUUGAAAAUUGUGGAAGAAUUGGGGGGCAGAUCGGGGAAAGGAAGAGCGUAUAGCAAUCUUGGCAACGCCUAUCUCAGGCUGGGAGAUUUUGAAACAGCAUUAGCCUACCAUGAACGUAGUCUGGAAAUUGCGAAAGAAUUUGGUGACAGACCCGGAGAAGGAAUAGCGUACGGAAAUCUUGGCAACGCUCAUAAAAGUCUGGGAAAUAUUAAAACAGCUAUAGACUGCUAUGAACGUCUUCUGAAUACUUCGAAAAAAUUGGGGGACAGAUCCGGAGAAGGAAAAGCGUAUAGCAAUCUUGGCAACACCGAGCAAAGUUUGGGAGAUUUUAAAAGCGCCAUAGCCUACCAUGAACAUCACCUCAAAAUUGCAAAAGAACUAAAUGAUAGGUCCGGAGAGGGAGCUGCGUAUUGCAAUCUGUGUAACGCUUAUGACAGUCUGGGAGAUUUCAAAACAGCCAUAAACUACUAUGAACGUCACCUGAAAAUUGAGAAACAAUUGGGUGACAGAUCCGGAGAAGGAAAAGCUUAUGGCAACCUUGGCAACGUUUAUUACAGUCUGGGAAAUUUUAAAACAGCAAGUGACUACCAUAAGCGUGACCUGAAUAUUGCGCAAGCAUUGGGUGACAGAUUGGGCGAAGAAAGAGCGUAUGGAAAUCUUGGAAACACUCAUCAUAGUCUGGGAGACUAUGUAACAGCCAUAGAAUACCAUGCGCGUGCGCUAAACAUUGCCAAAGAACUAGGUGACACACCCGGAGAAGGAGUAGCUCAUGGCAAUCUUGGCAACGCUUAUCAAAGUCUGGGAGACUUUAAAACAGCCAUAGACUACCAUAAAAGUGUUUUGAAGAUUGCGAAAGCAUUGGGUGACAGAUCUUUAGAGGAAAAGGCGUAUUGCGAUCUUGGUAAUGCCCAUUAUAGUCUGGAAGAUUUUAAAACAGCCAUAGACUACCAUAAACGUUGCAUGAAAACUGCGAAAGAACUGGGUGACACCUUGGGAGAGGGAGUAACGUGUUCCAAUCUUGGGAAAUGUUUUGAAAUUCUAGGCCAAGUUCCAGUGGCUAUUGAAUAUUAUCAGCUAGGAAUCACUUUGUUUAAUAAUAUCAGAGAUCACCUUGAAUUGAACGACGAGUGGAAAAUAAGUUUACGUGAUAAUUACCCGAUAGUAUACACUUCACUUUGGCGUUUGUUGUUAGCAGAAGGCAAAGUUACAGAGGCUCUGUUUUCAGCCGAGCAAGGACGAGCACAAGGCCUAAAAGACCUUCUUGAAUUAAAUUAUGCCUUGAAAAGGAGUGAUGUCGAAAGGAGUGAUGCUAGAUCAGGUACAGGAAGCAAAUCAGUAAAUGACCUGCUUAGUUACCCUUCUCCAAAUACAUUUUUUAUCGCAUUUGGAGAGAACGAAUUAAACAUCUGGGUCUACCAAAGGGGAAAGGAUGUUGAAUUAAAAACGAAACAAAUCGAUUCGCCGGAUGAAGUCAACAUUUUCUUUAUGGAUCUUUUACAAGUUCUGCACCUGGAAACUGGUACCAGAAGUCUUUUCAAGUGCGAAGAUCGAUCACUUGAAUUGGCGAGGGAUGAAAGCCUUGUAGCUAAGAGAUCGCCUCAGUAUGGCAGAGAGACCCAAAACUUAGGCCUUACAAAAGACGCCUUAAGCACAUUGUAUGAAAUCAUGAUUGAGCCUAUUCAAGAUCUGUUUUUAGGUAGCGAACUCAUCUUCAUCCGUGAGGGUCCACUUUGCUUGGCCCCUUUUGCUGCAUUCAAGGGCCCAGAUUCCAAGUACUUAUGUGAAUCAUUCAAAAUUCGCGUGGCUCCAUCCCUCACCAGCUUGAAAAUGAUUGAGGACUGUCAGGUAGAUUACCCUCACAAGUCAGGUGCACUUCUUGUGGGUGAUCCUUUGACAGAGCGUCCACCGCUACCAUGUGCAAGGGAGGAAGUAGAAAUGAUUGGCAGAAUGCUUGGCAUCACACCUGUACUUGGAACACAGGCCACAAAGGAUGAGGUUUUAACCCGACUCGGUUCUGUUGCCUUGGUGCACAUCGCUGCACAUGGCAAUAUGGAAACGGGCGAGAUUGCUCUAGCGUCAACAGAAGGUGUGAAAGAGAACAUUUUGACAAUGAGAGAUGUACUGGGUGUUCAGAUGCGAGCAAGACUAGUUGUACUCAGUUGCUGUCACAGUGCUCGUGGGGAGAUCAAAGCCGAGGGUGUGGUCGGUAUAGCACGGGCAUUUUUGGGUGCUGGUGCUCGUUCUGUUCUUGUGUCGUUAUGGGCAAUCGAUGAUGAAGCCACUUUAGAAUUCAUGAAAAAUUUGUAUCAGCAUCUUGUUAAAGGGAUAAGUGCUAGUGAAUCCUUGAAUCAAACAAUGAACUGUAUGAGAGAAUCUGAGGAGUUUAAUGAAGUCAAGUAUUGGGCACCAUUCGUGCUUAUUGGUGAUGACGUCACAUUGGAAUUUGCUGGGAACGAAUAG